ACCAAGAGUACCUUUGGCUAAUAAACGAUGGAUUCCUUGGAUCAUAUGCUGACAGACCCCCUGGAAUUGGGUCCAUGUGGAGAUGGCCAUGGCACUCGGAUUAUGGAGGACUGCCUACUGGGGGGUACCAGGGUUAGUCUGCCUGAGGAUCUCCUGGAGGAUCCUGAGAUAUUCUUUGAUGUAGUCAGCCUCUCAACAUGGCAAGAAGUGCUAAGUGACUGUCAACGUGAAUACCUCCAGCAGUUCCUGCCUCAUUUUCCUGAGGACAAUAUUGAGCAGCAAAGCCAGAUUAUCCUAUCCCUGUUCAGUGGGGAGAACUUCCGCUUUGGGAACCCUCUGCAUAUUGCACAGAAGCUUUUCCGAGAUGGUCACUUUAAUCCUGAGGUAGUCAAGUAUCGGCAGUUGUGCUUCAAGUCACAGUACAAGCGAUACCUCAACUCUCAGCAGCAGUAUUUCCAUCGACUGCUGAAGCAGAUACUUGCUUCCCGGAGUGAUCUACUUGAGAUGGCCCGAAGAAGUGGCCCAUCCAUUCCCCUCCGGCACAAACGCCCUUCCCCUUCACGCACCCCUGAGGAGCGAGAGUGGCGUACCCAGCAGCGAUAUUUGAAAGUUUUGAGGGAAGUGAAGGAGGAGUGUGGUGAUACCGCUUUAUCAUCUGAUGAAGAAGCCACGUUGGAUUUACAAGAAAAAUUUUCUUUUGAAGAUCUCAGCUCAUGGCUUCCGAGCUCUCCAGCGUGUUCUCCUAGUCCUGCGGUACCCCUCAGGGUGGUGCCCACACUUUCAACCAUGGAUAUGAAAACUGCAGAUAAAGUAGAACUGGGGGACGGUGACCUGAAGAUAAUGUUAAAGAAGCACCAUGAGAAGCGGAAACAUCAACCAGAUCACCCAGACCUCUUGACAGCAGACCUGACUCUCAGUGACAUCAUGACUAGAGUAAAUGCUGGUCGGAAGGGCUCUCUAGCAGCCCUGUAUGAUUUAGCUGUCCUUAAAAAAAAGGUCAAGGAAAAAGAGAAGAAGAAGAAACUAAAAAUGAUUAAAUCAGAGUCAGAGGAUCUGGCUGAACCCCUGAGUAGUACUGAGGGCAUCCCACCUCUUUCGCAGGCCCCAUCUCCACUGGCAAUACCUGCUAUCAAGGAAGAACCUCUUGAAGACCUCAAGCCUUGCCUUGGAAUUAAUGAAAUAUCUUCCAGUUUCUUCUCUCUCCUAUUAGAAAUCUUGCUGCUGGAGGGUCAGGCUAGCCUUCCUAUGCUGGAGGAGCGAGUUUUGGAUUGGCAGUCAUCUCCAGCUAGCUCUCUCAAUAGCUGGUUUUCUGCAGCCCCCAACUGGGCAGAGUUAGUGCUACCAGCCCUGCAGUAUCUUGCUGGAGAAAGCCGAGCUGUUCCUGCCAGUUUCUCUCCAUUUGUGGAAUUCAAAGAGAAAACUCAGCAGUGGAAAUUGCUUGGCCAAUCCCAAGAUAAUGAAAAGGAAUUGGCUGCACUUUUCCAGCUAUGGCUAGAGACCAAAGACCAGACUUUCUGUAAGCAAGAAAAUGAAGACAGUUCAGAUGCCACAACACCUGUUCCUCGGGUAAGAACGGACUAUGUGGUACGGCCCAGCACAGGGGAGGAGAAACGGGUUUUUCAGGAGCAGGAGCGUUACAGAUACAGCCAACCCCAUAAGGCAUUCACCUUUCGAAUGCAUGGCUUUGAGUCUGUUGUGGGGCCAGUGAAGGGUGUGUUUGACAAGGAGACCUCACUCAACAAAGCCAGAGAGCACUCACUGCUUCGCUCGGACCGGCCUGCGUAUGUCACCAUCCUGUCUCUUGUUCGUGAUGCUGCAGCUCGGCUGCCUAACGGAGAAGGCACGCGGGCAGAGAUCUGCGAACUGCUCAAGGACUCACAGUUUCUUGCACCGGAUGUCACCAGCACUCAGGUGAAUACAGUAGUGAGUGGUGCACUGGACCGGCUUCAUUAUGAAAAAGACCCAUGUGUGAAAUAUGACAUUGGACGAAAGCUGUGGAUCUAUCUGCAUCGUGACCGGAGCGAGGAAGAGUUUGAGCGGAUUCACCAGGCACAAGCAGCUGCAGCUAAAGCCAGGAAAGCCCUUCAGCAAAAACCCAAACCCCCAUCCAAGGUGAAGUCCAGUAGCAAGGAGAGUUCAAUCAAGGUCGUUGGUAGUGGCUCUUCAGAACAGAGCCAGCUGAGCCUCAGUGACUCCAGCAUGCCACCCACCCCUGUCACACCUGUGACUCCCACCACUCCAGCCUUGCCUACUACUCCUAUUUCUCCUCCAUCUGUCUCAUCGGUGAGCAAAAGUGCCCCCAGUACUGUCUCAGAGCCAGCUAAAUCUAGUUCAAGUGUUCUUCUGGUGUCUUCUCCAACAAUGCCCCAGCUAGGAACAAUGCUUUCCCCACCCUCCAGCCAAACUCCACCAACUUCUCAGGUCACCAGUCGGGGAGUGAGCCACGCCAGCUCUGCUGGACUGCCCCAAGUGCGUGUUGUGGCCCAGUCUAGCCUUCCUGCUGUUAGCCAGCAGUCAACAGGAUCUACACAAACGCUGCCACAGAUGCCAACAGGACCUCAGAUCCGGGUUCCAGCUACUGUUGCACAAACCAAAGUAGUGCCUCAGACGGUGAUGGCCACUGUUCCAAUCAAAGCCCAGGCUACAACAAGCACUGUGCAGCGGCCUGGAGCUGGGCAGACAGGGCUCACAGUGACUGGGCUCACUGCCACUGCCAGUCCCGUGAGUAAGUCAGCUACCAGUUCUCCUGGAAGCUCCACUCCAAGUUCUUCUACAGCAGCUGUCAUUCAGAAUGUCACAGGGCAGAACAUCAUCAAGCAGGUGGCAAUCACUGGGCAGCUGGGUGUGAAGCCCCAGACAGGCAACAGCAUUCCUCUCACAGCGACUAACUUCCGUAUCCAGGGCAAGGAUGUGCUGCGUCUACCACCGUCUUCCAUCACCACAGAUGCCAAAGGCCAGACAGUCUUGCGAAUCACACCAGACAUGAUGGCCACGUUGGCCAAGUCCCAGGUCACCACAGUCAAACUGACCCAGGACCUCUUUGGGGCAGGAAGUGGCACUGCAGGCAAAGGCAUCUCUGCUACCUUACAUGUCACCUCCAAUCCAGUCCACACUAACGAGAGCUCUGCAAAGGCCAGCUCAGCCAGUGCUCCUUCAUCUACUCCAGCAGGCACUGCUGUGGUCAAAGUGACUCCUGACCUCAAGCCAGCAGAAGCCUCAAGUUCAGCUUUUCGCUUGAUGCCAGCACUUGGUGUGAGUGUGGCAGACCAGAAGGGAAAAAACACAAUGGCCUCUUCGGAAGCAAAACCAGCUGCCACCAUCCGCAUUGUUCAGGGCCUUGGUAUGAUGCCUCCCAAAGGAGGCCAGAGUAUCACAGUUGCAGCCCAUGCCAAGCAGGGGUCCUCGGUGGCGAGUGGUUCUGGGACUGUGCAUACUUCUGCAGUGUCCUUGCCCAGUAUGAAUGCAGCUGUAUCCAAGACUGUGGCUGUGGCAUCUGGGGCUGCAAGCACCCCCAUCAGCAUCGGGACGGGAGCCCCCAGUAUGCGACAGGUCCCAGUUAGCACCACAGUUGUGUCUACGUCCCAGGCUGGGAAGCUGCCCACACGGAUCACAGUUCCACUUUCUAUGAUUAGCCAGCCUAUGAAGGGCAAAAAUGUGGUCACGGCCCCCAUCAUCAAAGGCAACCUUGGAGCCAACAUCAGUGGAUUGGGCCGCAAUAUCAUCCUUACUACCAUGCCAGCGGGUACUAAGCUCAUUGCUGGCAAUAAGCCUGUUAGUUUCCUCACUGCCCAGCAGUUGCAGCAGCUUCAGCAGCAAGGUCAAGCCACACAGGUUCGGAUCCAGACUGUUCCAGCUUCCCAUCUCCAGCAGGGAACAGCUUCUGGUUCCUCCAAAGCAGUCUCUACUGUUGUUGUGACUACAGCGCCAUCUCCUAAACAGGCACCUGAACAACAAUGA